AUGUUUAAUAACUGUGCUUCCCAUUCCGAUGAUAAGACAAGUAAUGGUAGCUCGCCAAAUCCCAUAUCGAAUAAUUUUAUCGAUAAAAUAUCAUCAAGAGAAACAAGUUUAAUAUUACCGGAUGAAUUUUCAGGAUUAGAAAGGAUUUGUUUGACGGCAAAUGGGAACUUGCAAAGAAUUUUGAGUGCUUGGUUCAAUAAACCUGUAAAAAUACACGUUGUUAAAAAUAUUCCUAUUGACAAUACGAAUCCAGUAUUAAAAUCGUUUGAUAAUUAUGAAAUCAUUGACAAUAAUUGUGAUGAUAAUGAUCCAGUUCUACGAAGAUAUGAUCGAGAAGUUAAACUUGUAUGUGAAAAUAAAACUUUGUGUAAUGCUUUUAGUGAUGUUAUUGUUCGCGACAAGAAAGUUGUAGAUUUAAUUGAAAAUGAAGGUGUUGGCCUUGGUCAAUUGUUCAGGUGA